CUCUCGCCUUUGUUCGACCAGGAAAAACCAGAAAAUGGCCACCCAGCUUAGAGGCAGUGCAAUUGUUACCGCAGUGAUAGCGAUAGGGUUGGUGCUUCACGGUGAGAUUGCUCAUGCCAAAACCUUCACCGUCGGAGAGGGUGAUGGCUGGAACUUCAAGGUUCAUGACUGGCCUAAUGGCAAGAACUUUACAGCCAAUGAUACGUUGGUGUUCAAAUACAAUAAUGCAUUCCACAAUGUGGCAGUCGUAGAUGAAAAUGGUUACAGGACAUGCACAGUCGGCGGCAAGCUCUUGUCGACGGGAAACGAUGUGAUCAAAAUUCAGCAAGGACAAAACUACUUCAUCUGCGGUUUUCCUGGCCACUGUGCUGCUGGGAUGAAGAUAGCAGUCACUGCGAAAUAAUAAUAUAAUUCCUCACUUUAUUAAGAUUUUGUAUGAGGCAAAAGCCUUGACUGAAUGUCUUAAGUUUAAGUAAAAUCAGUGAACUAUGUUUGUUCUUUGAAUCAUAUGUAUUGUUGGUUUGAAUAAUUAAUUGACGAGGGUGUGUUUUUUCCCUUGAGACGAGGGUGUCUA